AUGCCGAACACAACAGACGCCGAAGAUAUUCAAACACAGACAAGAGAUGAAUAUCCAAAAGCAGAUCCACAUACUCCUGCGCCCAGAAGACUAUCUGGAAGGAUCUCCAAGUCCAACGCUGUUAGUCACAAGUCAAUCAUUGAUGAAGCCGCGAAACUCAUCACGGCUAAAGUCGCCGGUCUCGAGAAUGUUGAAAACUUCAAUGAUGACUUGAAGCAUACGUUUAAGUAUCUCGUCAGCCGGCCUGAGGAUACUGAGGUCUGUGACCAGUUCGUCCGGCAUCUAUGCCUUGUUAUCCACCCGGCUCUACUAGAUUUCUACGGCAUCAUGCGUCCAGACGAUGAAAAGCUGGCAUGCGAGAAGAUCAAGCAUCUAAUGAUCCGAGAAAACAAUCUCUCCGAAGGCGAUAUAAUGAAAAUUCUUACUGGGCUCAAAGUUCCUGAAAUGACUGUUGACCCAGAUUUUUGA